AUAUUGUGGUGAGCAGCAUCUGAUUACACACAGACGCCAGUAGGCAUCGGAGGGGGAAAGACACCUAUUAUCUAACAGCCGAAACUGAUUUUCAUUCCCCAAACAUACUUUUUUAUUUUUCCAUUUCACUCAGGAAAUACAACUCUACUUUUGUUUUUGUUUUUUUUAACCGAGGAGAGCAGGAGAAACACUGAGGCGGCGGCGGCGGCGGCGGCGGCUUCAGGUCGGAUCUUCGCAUCGUACAACUUAAAUGGCUGAGGGGGGCCGACGGGUGACUGCGGAGUAAAUUUGCAAGAUGUCGCAGUUUGUGGAGGCUUAAAAACAGGACUAACCGCUGUAUAAAUAAAUAUAUAUAUAUAUAUAUAUAUAUAUAUAUAUUUUUUAACGAAGAUACACAUCCGAGUGUUAAUCCGUCCGUCUGAGAGAAGAGGCGGUCAGACAGAAGAAGAGCGGCUGCAGCUCCAGGAGGUUUCUGGUUUUGGUUUGUUCCUCCAGGUCGGAGCGAAACAGGCCCACGGAGACAAAGGCGUUUGGACAUCUGUCCAUCUCUGUUUUCGUCUCUGACAAGUUUUCUUCUCUAGCCGCAAUCAUUCCGUGCUGUAAGGCCGACCCCAAAAUGUCUUCCAAUGGGGACCUCAGUGACCUGGGCAGCUCUGACAGCUUCUGGGAGCCGGGGAACUACAAAAGGACGGUGAAGCGGAUAGACGAUGGUCACCGGCUGUGUAAUGAGAUGGUCAGCUGCUUCCAGGAGAGAGCAAAGAUAGAAAAGAGUUACGCUCUCCAGCUGAGCGACUGGGCCAAGAGGUGGAGGGGUGUCGUGGAAAAAGGUCCUCAGUAUGGUACGCUGGAGAAAGCGUGGCAUGCCUUCAUGCAGGCGGCCGAUCGGCUCAGCGAGCUGCAUCUGGACCUGCGGGAGCGGCUGGCAGGCGAGGACAGCGAGAAGAUGCGCAACUGGCAGAAGGAUGCCUUCCACAAGCAGAUGAUAGGAGGCUUCAGGGAGACCAAGGAUGCAGACGACGGCUUCCGCAAAGCACAGAAACCCUGGGUCCGCAAACUGAAAGAGGUGGAGUCCAGUAAGAAGAGCUACCAUCAGGCCAAGAAGGAGGAGUGGACGGCGGUUAACAGGGAAACGCACGCCAAGGCCGACCCAACCAAGUCGCAGGAGGAAGUCCGCAAAUACUCGACCCGGGUGGAGCGCUGCAACCAGGAGGCCCAGAAAAUGAAGGAGCACUACACAAAGGCCCUGGAGGAGCUGAACCGCUGUAACCCUCGCUACAUGGAGGACAUGGAGCAGGUGUUCGACCUCACCCAGGAGGCCGAGCGUAAGAGGCUGCGCUUCUUUAAAGAAGUCCUGCUGGACAUCCACACACACCUCGACCUGUCCUCCAAAGAAGGGUUCAAUGGGCUGUACCGGGACCUGGGUCAGACCAUCCAAGCAGCCAAUGACACCGAAGAUCUCAGAUGGUGGAGGAACACCCACGGACCGGGCAUGAGCAUGAACUGGCCACAGUUUGAGGAGUGGUCUCCAGAGGCGAGUCGCUCCAUCAGCAGGAAGGUGCGAGGUGGACACUCUGAGGAGAACGUGGUCACCCUCACCAACAUCGUCUCCUCAGGUGGAGAUGACGUCCCACCGAGUCCCAUCACCCUGGACACCGGCAGGGUGAAAGAGUAUUCGUCAGACUGGUCAGACGAGGAAAGUCCUAAGAAGGUGCUGGCAGAGAACGGCGUGGGGGAGGCGGAGGACGAGGAGGAUCAGGUAGAGGGGGUGCGAGUCCGAGCGCUCUAUGAUUACACGGGCCAGGAGGCCGAUGAGCUCAGCUUUAAUGCAGGCGAGGAGCUGCUGAAGCUGGGAGAGGAGGACGAGCAGGGCUGGUGUAAAGGACGGCUGAGCAGCGGCCAGGUCGGCCUCUACCCUGCCAACUACGUCCAGGCUGUUGCUUCCUGAUGACCCGCCCUCUCUGGUCAUCCAGCCAAUUGUACAACUACACUCAAGAUGCCAGGACCAAUCACAAGCUACUAGUGCUGACAUGUAGACAGUGAAACCAGACAGUUUUUGGUUACUGACUGUAAAACUCGUCACCGAAUUUGUUUGUUUUUCUGUUGUUCGAACUACGUUUUUGAAAAUCAGCCAGUGGAAAAGGCCACCUGUUGUGAAAGGCUGUUUACUCGGCCUGUGGUCAACGACAUUGUUGUUUUUGAAAGAAGCGUACAGGCAUAGAGAAGUCUCCGGAGGCCUGUCAUCAUGAACAGACAGGACACUGUAGAAAAACAUGGACGUAAGUUCUGGGACGUCACCCAUCGAUUUCUGACGGGACGUUUUAUCAAACUCUGGAUUUUGGUUUUUCUGGUUAUCAUUUUCAGUCACUAGAGUCAGAAAGACAAAACCUGGGUGGAGCUGAGGUGGGAUGAGCAACAAUGAGCAACCACCACGGCUGACUGUGAUUGGCUCAAACAUCUGUCUGUCAAUCAAACACACCCCAAAACAUGCUUCUUUUUAAAGAAAUAGUUUUGACAUUUUGGGAAAUAAGCUUUCUUGACGAUUUGCAGCCGCUUAGCUUAGCUUAGCUUAGCAUAAAGACCAGAAAUUUUCCAGACUUUCUUUUGUCCUCCUGUCACAAGGCUUGAGUUAAAUACGACUCACAAGCUGCAUUUCGGCAAGAAACACCCAAUCACAAGCUUACGUGUGCCGCUAACAGCGGGUGAAAGCUAAAGAUUAAAGUGUUGAAAAGGAAAUUUUGUUACCUUUGGACAGAGCCAGGCUAGCUGUUUCCCCCCGUUUCCAGUCUGUAUGCUAAGCUAAGCUAAUCGGUUGUAUGAGAUAUGAGAGAUGUAUUGAUCUGAAAGUGAUUAAGCGUAUUUCCAAAAAUGUCUACUUUAUUUAAGAUUUAGUAUUCUCAUUAUUAAAUAAAAUCAACUCAUUAAGAGAAGUGAAAUAAACUUAUUGUGGGGGGGGGGAAGAUACAUUUUGAAUUUUAAUAGAGAAGUUGGGACUUUUUCAGUAGAUUUCAGUCUUGGUGUUUUCUUGAAUCCAACAUCUAGUGGCCAUUAGAGGAACUGCAACUGGAGGCACCGCUUUGUCGUCUUCUCCGCUCAGUUGUGGUGGUGGUUGCUGCUUGAAUCAAAGAGAUGGAAAAAAAACAAACAAAAAAAAACCCAAUGAAAGACUGUCAGUGCCUUAGUCAAUGAGGCCAGAAAUGUUACAGCGCCGCCCUGCUGUCUGGGUGAUGACCUGCUGAUGACCUCCAGUCUGAUCCCAGUAGAAACCAGUAGAUCUCCUGUUACCUGGACUUUAAAAUGUUUUAACUCAGAUUGUACAGGCAGCACUUGAUUGGCUGUGAACCUUUCCUGCCCCCUCCCUCUCUUCAUUUAGCUUGACAACGGUAUGCUUCGGUUAUUUUGUAGGUUACUAGGUGUGACACUGAAUUCACUUUCUUUCCUUUUUAUUGAUUUUUUUUUUUUUAAUGUGAUAGCUGUAUGUUUAUAUCAAAUCAACUGAUUUUGAUUAUGGAUGGUGUAAACUGUUUCUUUAAUUAUUAUUUUUUUUAAGAAUAGCAUUUUUACAGUCAACUUAUUUACUUUCUAAUUUAUUUUCCUCUUUAAUUUAGCAAUCAUUCUUCAAUUUCGACUGACUAAGGCAGGGAGAGUAAAGUUGACUGUUAGAUUUGGGUCAUUUAACCUGUGGAAGGUGGUUUGUUGCUAGUUUGUUUUGCUGUGCUGCAAUCAUGAAGCACAGGCACCUCAGACAUCUAAACUAAGUGAUGAUAUUUUGUCUGGUUUGGGGUUUUCAUGUUUAAGUUUGUGGUUUGUGUGUGAGGGAGCCUCCUCUGUCCUAAUGAUCUGAGCGUCGCUACAGCUAACCCAUGUAGAUGUCCAAAUAAUAAGAGAUGAUAGAGAAAUUAACGCUACUGUGCUGCUCCUUCUCUGUUCUUUUCUUUCCAAAACUGUUACAUGUCCAGUACAUAAAGUGGGAAGAAAUAAUAAAAAACUUUCUGCAAUUGGAAGUUUAACAGAC